CCCCCUUGCCGGGCGAGCGGUGUCUAUGGGGCACCCGCCGCUGCCCCCGCCGCUACCGCCACCGCCACCGCCGCUGCCGCCGCUGGGUGCUGUCUCUAUGGCGAGGAGGAAGAGGAGGAGCGCGAGCUCAACGACACAAGUACAUAAAUAAAGGAUAAAGUAUUUACGAAACAAAUCUUCAAUCAAGUAUAACAUUUUGAUGCUUGGCAGCUAGACUCCUUGUGCCCUCACUAUGCCAGCAGCAACUGUAGAUCAUAGCCAAAGAAUUUGUGAAGUUUGGGCUUGCAACCUGGAUGAAGAGAUGAAGAAAAUUCGUCAAGUUAUCCGAAAAUAUAAUUACGUUGCUAUGGACACCGAGUUUCCAGGCGUGGUUGCAAGACCCAUUGGAGAAUUCAGGAGCAAUGCUGACUAUCAGUACCAACUGUUGCGGUGUAAUGUAGACUUGUUGAAGAUAAUUCAGCUGGGACUGACAUUUAUGAAUGAGCAAGGAGAAUACCCACCAGGAACUUCAACUUGGCAGUUUAACUUUAAAUUUAAUUUGACGGAGGACAUGUAUGCCCAAGACUCUAUAGAGCUGCUCACAACAUCUGGUAUCCAGUUUAAAAAACAUGAGGAGGAAGGAAUUGAGACCCAGUACUUUGCAGAACUUCUUAUGACAUCAGGAGUAGUCCUCUGUGAAGGGGUCAAAUGGUUAUCAUUUCAUAGUGGUUAUGACUUUGGCUACUUAAUCAAAAUCCUGACCAACUCUAACUUGCCUGAAGAAGAACUUGACUUCUUUGAGAUCCUUCGAUUGUUUUUUCCUGUCAUUUAUGAUGUGAAGUACCUCAUGAAGAGCUGCAAAAAUCUCAAAGGUGGUUUACAGGAAGUUGCUGAACAGUUAGAGCUGGAACGGAUAGGACCGCAGCAUCAGGCAGGAUCUGACUCACUGCUCACAGGAAUGGCCUUUUUCAAAAUGAGAGAAAUGUUCUUUGAAGAUCAUAUUGAUGAUGCCAAAUAUUGUGGUCAUUUGUAUGGCCUUGGUUCUGGUUCAUCCUAUGUACAGAAUGGCACAGGGAAUGCAUAUGAAGAGGAAGCCAGCAAGCAGUCAUGACAUGAAAUAGUUCUCUUAUUCUUAUUUUAUUUGAGAUACACACAUGCUUGUAUAUAGGUUUUAUCUCUGGUUGAAUCCCUUGAACAGUAGACAUAGCUUUUUUUUUUUUUCUUCAUAGCUUAUUUUUCUGCCUUUCAGCACUAAGUAUCUACCAUUCCUAUCUCAGAUCUUAAUAAACAGAAAAGUAUUCAGGUUCAAUCCGGCCUUAAAUACACUUGUUAGUAGGUGUGUGUGAGUGGGGAAAGCUACAUGGUAUUGAAUACUUUGAUAAACUUCAGCUACUUGAGCUUGGUUUGUUUUUUCCCGUUCUUAAAUUAACUAGCACUGACUGUAAUUUAUUUCCCUGUUUCAUGUCUCCCUUCCAUUCUGCAGGAGUUUUAGCUAUUUGAGAUUGUGGACCAUCAAUUUUGCACUUUAGAGAGUGAUUCUGUCUCAAAUCCUCUGUUUAUCAGCAGUUUUGGUUUUCCUUGCUCUUUGCUGGAAAAAUGACCAUCUGCCAACUUUUUCCAUAUUUACUUGUUUUUGACCCAUGGAAUAUAUAGCACAUGCACCGUGCAAAUGGUUGAAUCAGCAGGACUACAAAAAAGAAAAGACAAAAAACUACUGAGGAGCUUAGUAACUGCUGUUUCUGUGCAUAGUAGUUAAUCUUCCAAGCACAUCUAGUGUCUGUCCGUUUCUAAUUGGCAUGUGUUUAGGCUGCUCUGUGACUGAAGUGUUUUUCAAACCAGCUUUACACCCUUCAGGAAAAAUCCUUUGUGAUGGGACAUUUAAUGUCCGCCGGGAAACUGGUACCCAAGAUGUUGAAGCUGCAGUUAUUUUAUGAUAGCACACUUCCCUUAUCUGCUUCUUUUUAUUCCAUCUCUGUUUACCCUUAUUUUAAAAAAUUUUAGAGCCAUAUUUACAAUGCUCUUGAUUUGUUGAUUCCACAAAUCAAUUUCAUUCAAAUCCAAAGAUUGCCAAGUCUUUAGGUAUAUUUUGUACCAAAUUAAAUUACGAAAAAUUCGAGCUUUCAUAGUUGCUACAAAGAUAAAUAAUGGAGAAAUUUGGUGCAAAACAACAUAAUAUAAAAUUUUAUAUUUAUUAGCUAUAUACAGUAUAGCUAAUAAAACUACCUGAGGAGUGUAAUGCUUGUUUAUUUUUUGUGUAUAUCUUUGCAAUCUAUUUUAUAUAUAUUGACAAAAGAGACUGUGAAAUAUUUAGCCAUGUGGAAUAUGUGACCAGACCAGAGCAUGCGUAGGAAGGCAUUUUGGUAAUAAUUAACUGCCCUGAAAUGACGGACUACAAGUUAUGAUGUGUGUCAUCUGCACUUCAAUCGGUAAUAUUAGCAAAUCUCCAAAUGUUAGCCACAUUCGUUUGUUUCCCUUGUACAUUGUUUAUUCAUGAUACUUCAAUGCUGUAACUGGGUGGUCCUUUUUAAACAAAACAUUUGCGAAACAGAGGGAUUAUUUGUUUUUAAAGCUUUUGUAAAUAAAGGCUUCAGAAAUGUUUUCUUAUA